AUGAGCGGACAGGAGACGGAGAUCGAACCGUGGUACAAACGCGUCAAGGGCCCGUUCCCGGAGACGUACGGAUGCGUCGGCGUCAAGGCGGACGGCGGUGGCUCGAUGCGCGGUCGAGGGACGGUGGGAACGAUGCGGGUGCAUCGAGCGACGUUUAACCGAGACGAGGCAAAGAUUCGUGCGCUCGUCGAGGCGGGAGACAGCGUGAACGAGGUCGACGCCGCGGGAUCGACGCCGAUCAUGUGCGCGGCGUACGAAGGAUGGGUCCGCGGGAUCGAUGUUUUGGUCGAGCUCGGGGCGAAGGUGAACGCGAGCAAUAACGCGGGAGACACGGCGUAUCACUGGGCGCAAAACAUGGACUGGAAGGACAUCAUGGAGCGACUGAAGCAUCACGGCGCCGAUCCCGAGUACUUGGGACAAGUCAUCGUCCCGGAGCACAUUCCAAAAGUUAAGGAUUUCUACGACGGCGACGAGGGGCAAGAGCACCCGAAACCGAGUCAGGAGUUUUUGGAUUACCAGAACGAGCGCGAUCGACAAAUGCAAGACGCGACGGAUAAUGCACUGUUGAUUUGA